GAAGAACUGCAGAUGUUAACUAUUAGGAAGAGUGACAUUUAUUUAAGAGAUGUAGAUGCAAAACACUGGAGUAUCAGAACGAGUCUAGGGCUACACUGUGAGAGCGGGUGCUACACUGCCAUGCUCUCCGCACAAGGCAGCGCCACAGAAUCUUUUGCUGGGAGGAAGCUGAAGAGGAGCGCGGCCGGAGACUCCCACGCCUGAAGCAAGCCCCGUCCGCGCCAGGCCGGACUCCGGGGCCGGGCACGGCGCCUGCGAGGGCCGAGCGGCGGCGGCCCGUCCCGCCCGGGCCGGGGGAAGGACAGCUCUGCCGGGUUCCGGCGGAAGGGGCGGGCGGCGGCGGCAGCGUGGGAGCGCCAUGGGCCGCAAGAAGAACAAGAAGGGUUCUGCCCGCGAGGGGCGGCUGGUGGUGACUUUCGACGAGAAGCAGCGGAGGGAGUACCUGACCGGCUUCCACAAGCGGAAGGUGGAGCGGAGGAAGGCGGCGCUGGAGGAGAUCAAACGGAAGCUGAAGAAAGAGCAGAAUAAAAUUAAAGAGGAGCGGCACCAGGAGUAUCUGAAGAUGCUGAGCGAGAGAGAAGAGGCGCUCGAGGAGGCUGAUGAGCUGGAGCACUUGGUGACAUCGCGGACGGAGUCUGUGAACAUCGACCACCCAAACCACAUCGUAACAGUGACCACCAUCAGCGACCUGGACCUCUCGGGGGCACGCCAGCUGGGACUGACCAGCCCCGUGGAUGAAACCAAGAAGGCAGUGGAAACACCAGAAUCACAAAAGUGCUUUCUUGUUAAGGGAAAAACGGAUGGAUCCGAAGAAGAGAAAGGGGAAGAGGUGGUGAACAAGCCUGUGAGAACAAUGCCUAAGAAGUCCAGAAACCCCUUCCUGUCUGAAAAAAUCUCUUCUCUUACUGCCACGCUGCACAUGCACAGCCAGAAGAAGACAAAAAGAAAGAGAUCCCAACGCGGGCAAGGCCCACGUAAGAAAAUCCAGAAGUCCUGCACAGGGCGAACCACCAAGACACAGCGUCGGAGGCUGACUGGCAAAAUGGGCCGUGACCAGGAUUAACAGAGAAUCUAAUGUUCAGACCACCACCUGGGACAGUGCUCCACAUCUGGCCUGCUGCUCUUUGGGACCCUGUCAUUGAGGGCAAGCACCUUGCUUACAUGGCAUUCUGACUAGCCAUUAACCCAGGCCAGUUCAGCCUUUCUGUAGCCUCCUGAGCACUGGCAAGGGUGGCUAGACACUCUACCCAUUUCUUUUUGCAGUGAUCUCCAGCUGAGUGUCUGGGUACCACAGAAUCUUAAAAACUUCUGCUGAAGGUUGUGUUCUCUAUUUGGCAUAACCCUUCUGUCCUUGGCCCCCCCUUUCAGAGCUGAUACUUGGCUUUAUCAAAGAAGGGGAUCUGGGGCAGAGUGCAACAGGCACAUCGUUGUCAGGGCAAUUUGAGAGACUUGGGAGAGCUCUGCUUGCACUCCUGCAUCAGUGCCCUGGCAUUUCUGCUGUGCAGUAAAUCCUUUUUCCAUGGAGACGUGGUGUCAUCUUGUCUUCUGUGUUACUUCACCACACAACACAGUGCCACACCUGAAUGCAGGGGUACUUUUUGUUUGGUACUUGUGCCAGGUGAAAUUGGGUAACUUUGUGAAUAAAUUUGAAGUCAUUUUGCUAA